UCUUCAUACAGAUAAAAGCCACAGUCACAGAGUGGAAGACACAGUUCGCUGAUAAACACGAGACUCGGUCGUGGAACAAUCUAUUAGGUUUGUGUAUAGAUUUGGCAAGUCGCUAGUUUGUAUACAAUUCGUUAUCAUUUUGGUAUAGAAGUUGCAUUUAUUCAGUUAAUUUUUCUGAGGGAGAGUUAGUUUCUGAGUUUAUUUCGAGUCCAGAAUUACACCAAGGAGAGACUGUCGGCGUGAGGUUGUGUGUUAAUUCAGUUAAAAAUAUUUGUGGAAAGAGGAGAGGAAGUUAUUGGCAAUUUUCACUUGUGAAGAUCCAAAUUUGAGUGAAAAAAAUCAAAGAAAUCGUAGUGAGUGAAACUCGGGGUGUUUUUUUUAUUUCUCUGGUGGAAAUAAAAAUACAAACAAGGCAAACUACACGGCGGCCAUCUUGUGUUAUUUACAGCUGGCGUGCGUGUACGGGACAUUAUUAUUUGUUUGUAAAACAUUGGAAAAAAUUUUAUCAAUAGAGAAUUUCGGGAGCAUCGAAAAAAGUGAGAAAUUGUUCAAUCGGAUGUUGCGAUAUUCACAAACUCAUCUGACACAACGUAUUUCGAUUUUUCAUUGGAAUUCGAUAAUUAGGACACGGUAGCAUCGUCAACGAUCAAAUCUCGCUUUUUUAUUCAGAACUUUAUCGAAAUUUUGUAUAAAAAAUAUCAAAUAUUUUCCUCUCCACUCGGUUGAUAGUGUGAACAACCGAGAGUUUUGUUAUUUCUGUGUGGUGUGUACACGUGUGACGAAGAUAUCUACGCAAACGAGGACAGGAGAAUUUAUUGCGCAGUUGGACAAAACGACACAGAUUGAAGACCGGAAGCUGGAGAAUACAGGGACGCGCUGAUAUUUUCAUCUUUUGAGAUUUCUUUUCGUUCAUCAUUGAGGAAGGACUUCACAACGUUUUGAGAGACAAAAGCUUGGAUUCUGAAGAAGCUGAUUCUCACCGACGACAAGAAAAAAGCUCCGAAAACAUGACGAAUUCAACGCCGAAAAUGGGCGAUAAAGUGGAGAGAGAGGGCUCACCGAACACCGGUAGCAAAAUUGAGGGCUCACCGAACACCGGUAGCAAACUUGAGGCCUCACCGAACACCGGUAUCAAACGAGAGGGCUCACUUAUCAUCGAUAGCAAACGUGAGGGCUCAUUUAUCAUCGAUAGCAAACGAGAGGGCUCACUGAACACCGAUAGCAAACGUGAGGGUUCACUGAACACCGUUAACAAACAAGAGGGCUCACUGAACACCGUUAGCAAACAAGAGGGCUCACUGAACACCGAUAGCAAACGAGAGGACUCACGGAACACCGGUGGCAAACAAAAGGGCUCACUGAACACCCGUAGCAAACGAGAGGGCUCACUGAACACCGGUAGCAAACGAGAGGGCUCACCCAACACCGUUAGCAAACGAGAGAUCUCACCCAACACCAGUAGCAAACGAGAGCGGGCUGCUCCAGUAAGAUCCUGUUACUUCAGUGACAACAACGCCUUUAAUAAAAGGGUACGAAAUUAUAUGAACGGUCGGCAAAGUUGUAGUCCCCAGGUUUCAUCAAGAAAUUAUGGCAAUUAUGGUAAUUCAUCAACGAGAUACAACAGCCCCCGUCAUAGUAGUCCCCGUCAGACUAGUCCAUCGAAUACGUACUUUGCCGGUGCUAAAUGGUCGGAGCCACCACCCCCAACAAGCCUGCCACAGCCACCAAGCCACUGGACAGCAAGGCCAAUGACAAGUUGUCAAGCUGAAGUGGGCCAGGAUGUCGCGGAAAACCUGAAUGCAGUUGUGGAAACCAAGGCUUGAUAUUCGAGCAUCAACAUCGUCUACAGGUACCCCCUUAUUUGAAAACCAUAAAACAAGUAGGAGGAAUGGGGGGGGGGGGAGGUUAUGGGAUAUAUUAAUUAGCACCAAGAGCCUUCCACUGACUGGAUAGCGGGCAUUUUGUCCAUAAUUAUGACUGAACAUCAAUUAAUAUACAUAUAUGAUCUACAUGCAUGUAUAUUUUCUUCGUGUUCGUGGAAGGAGAGCAAUAAUUGACAGUAUGAAAAUUCGAUAUCACCAGAUACAACUAUUUAUGGACAUUGAUAAAAAGCCUUUAUGUUUUUUUGUGCGCGAGAACGUUUGAUAUGUGCCGGGAACAUUGUAUAGCCUCGGUGAUUAAUAUCUCUGGAUUAAUGUUCGGUUGAUAAUUGAUUUAUGGAGAUCCCAGAGAUGCGUUAACGUCGUGUUUCGAUAUGUCAAAACAUUUAUCGAUUAAUAUUGUAAUGCCGUGUACAAAGUUGUAAACAUAUGUAUCUAGGUUAUAUUAUUAUUAGUUUAAUGUAAAAUUGAGGACACUCAUACACGAUGGUAUGAUGGUAAUCCAUCGAUACGUGGAAAAUUAUUCAUCAAGAAUUUGAGGUUCUGGGGUUUGUAGAUUUAACUGGAAAUCAUUGGCAUAAGGUCGUUCUCACAAUUUUUUUUUUCCCCCUGAAAAUUUGUGAUUGUAGUACAACGUUUUCAUAAGAUAGAAAAAUUUUACGGCUUUUUGUUAAAGAAAAUGAUUAUUUUUUCUCAGGCGGAUUAACGCUUUAUUUCGACCAAAGGACCAGUCAAUUUUUCGGUUUAUUGUAAUAUCUUCGUUUUAUAAGUUUCAUUUUAUUCAAUUGAUUUGUCGAGAUGGACGCGGAAAAUUAUAUGGGAUUGGGGAAGAGUUUGGAGAGUACCCCGUCCCGAAGUAUAGAUUUAAGGAGAGAAAUGACAUGAAUAAAACCUGAAAGUCCCCACUUAAUGGGAUAUUUUUUCAAUCAUUAGCGAAAUUUAUACUAUCUGUUUCCGAAUACUCAAGUGGACACUGAAAAUUAAUUACUCAAAAUUAACGAAACUCCCUGCAAGGGCUGGACUAUAUAAUGUGAUUUUCCAAAUAAUAAGUCAGGUUAAGGGCAAUUAAGUAAGUUUUAUCUUCGAUUUACGUAUUGUUGUACUUUACUUUUCGAUUUGUACGUAAUUUUCUAGUGUAACUUCAGAUGAAAAUUCGGAAUUGUCAGUUAAUUGUGGUUAUUGGCAAAAUUUUCCAUCAAAUAACCUUCAAUGCUCACUUUAGUUCUUAUUUUUCAACUUCAAGCGUUUCUUUUGUUCAGUAGAAAAAUUAAUUUGUACAGUUGACGUCAUAUCAUAUUAAAUUGAAUCAAUAAAUAUCAAUUGGGAAUUUAAAAAUUUUUUAUUAUCGUUGGGUUCAACACAUUGACAUUCGCAAUGCGAUUGAAAAUUGAGAAAUCUUUAGUCCGCGAAAGACUGAUUUGCUGAGACGUUUGUGUUAUUGUUGCCGUGUAUUAGCGAUAAAAUAAUAUCGACGAUUUUAUUAUCGCCGCUGGCUCGGCGGCGCUGGGACAAAAUGCUCUAAAGUUAUAAACAAUCAGUGAUUCAACACUAAAAGUAAAUAAUUUGGUAAAAUAAAUUUGCUCGCGAGAUGUGGGAUUUUCUUUCUUCAAUUGUUAUUGAUCCUUAGAUCUAAUGAAAUCGAUAUCGGUGGUCAAUGGGAUAUGAGUAACGAAAGGGAAAUUAAAUCUUUACACACGCGAGGGAAACGUACGUGCUAAAUGUGUAAAUAAUUCGAUAUAAAUUGUAAUAUUAACUCCUAAUAAAUAUUUUGUAUAUAAGUUUAUACAAUGUGUAAAUUACGAGGGAAGAAAUAAGCCUGGGCCCAGGGCUCAUCACCCUAAUGAUUAAAUCCCCCACCAUAAAACAAUAACGCUAUAAAUAAUGGACGGGAUGAACAUAAUCGCAGGCACAAACAAAACGUCUUUGCAAUUAUCGAAUUGUUCAUUAUUAUGAGAUUAUGAAAGUACAGAUUUUCACGUUUGGGAUUUGAGGUGACAAUGAGCACGAUUAAUAGCCGAUUAAUCACCACUUGGGAAUAUAUAUAUAUUUUUUUUCAAUGAAAUAAUAAGAGCAUUAUAUUAGCUGUGAUGAAAACAUUAUAAUAGGUAGUACUUAUCCUAAUUGGUACAACAGAUCGGAUAUUAAUAUACGUAGUGACCCACCCCGAAUUGAAAUUAUACAAAUGGCAUAGGGAAGUCCAAAAAAAUUAAUUAAGUGUAUUUGUAUAGGACGAUUAUUUGCAGCUUAUAUCAGGCAUUUGCUGUUCAAAAAAACGGAAAAAAAUUUUCCAUUAUGAAAAGUUCUAUUUUUAUGCUGACGUGACAUUUUUUCGGUUGGAUAUAUGUCGUUUUUUUAUGUCUGAUAUUAUUAAAAUGGAAAGACCAAAAAUCCAAAAAAUGAUGCGAAAUCUGUAGUGGAACGGUAUAUUGUUGUGAUAGAUCUCUCUUUUUCGUGGUGAAACGUUUAAAUGUGAUAUUCCAACAUACAAUUUCUCUUUUUUAUUUUAUGGACGUUGACACAUUGAAUUAUUAUUAUUUGUGGUUAAGGUUAGAUGGAUAUUUAAAGUAUUCGGAAGGAAAUAGCGUAAAUACGAUAUAUUAGAAGAGGAAAGUCAUGUCAUUUUUCUGCUGAUAGAAUUUAUCAUCAAUUUUCUAGAUGAAAAGUGAUAUUUAAUCAACGAAAUGGGGUUCUCUUUGUCGUGUUAAUUUUAAAAGAAGAAACAUUAUUUUCAUCUACUUGAGAUAAAAUUAUCAUUAUUAUUUUAAGAACGAGUAAUUGGUGGAUAGAGCAGCAUAAACUAUUGCCAAAAUUCGUGUAUGAGUGAUAUAAAUUUACGUCGCGAAUAUUGGAAGAAGAAAAAAUUAUGAUAAUAAGUGAGAAUAUUCCGGAGCCAUGAUGAGACAAAAUGACACAAGGGAACACUUUGAAUGGUCUAAUGGAGGAGCAUUUAUUGAGAGCAAAAAACAAUGUUAAAGAACAAUUGAUGUUACGUUGAGAUUAAUGACAAAUCAAAGUGAGGUCGAUAGAUGUUUUGCGAAUACCCAGUCAUGUUGUCACAUCAAAGUAAUGUUUUACCAGUUAACUCUUGAAUUAUGUCACGAAGAAGCUCACUGAGCAACAGAGGGGAGGUAAACACGCUGGGAUAGAUGAUUCGUCACUGGAAUAAGCCUUAAAGUUAUGUUACUAACGUACAGAUGCGAUAUGAGAGGGAAGUCUUGGAUAAUGUAUAUGAAAUUCAAUUAUCGGACGAAUUCAGAGGUCCCAAAAACAUUUUUGUUUAUCGUUUAAUCACAAUUUUUGUUAAUAUCUACAUUUACAAUAUACAGAAAAAUGUCAACCGUUGUAUUUUAACUGAAUCAAUAGAAGUCGUAGCUGUGAUUGUCAGCUGAGAAAUCAAAAUUAUCUCUUAAAUCGUUAAAAGUUUCAUCGCAAGUCCGAUUAGCUAAUUAAAGUGAGGUCAGGAAUACUGAGUAGAUUGACGACUCAAUGAGUGAUUAAGAGAGCUUCCCUCUCGAAGAUCGGUGCGUUUUCCAGGUCUUUCAAGUAAGAUGAGUCAAAGAAGAAAAAACAAUAAACAAUGCAAAUAAAAUGCAAAUAUCCAGUGAAAUGCCGAAUUCUAGUGAUAAAAUUAUAUAAAAAUUGAACGAUCUUGUAAAAAACGCACGGUUCUUCGUGGCCCUUGGUGAGGCACGUGUAAAUGCAGACAUUUUGGAAAAAACAACAUCCAAUUUUUUCACUCCUGAAAUCACUGUUGUGCCUUUGCACGUGCUCAGCCAACGAUUCACGACAUAAAAGUAAACAAAAUGAAGAAAAAAAACAUAAAGUUUGCGAUAUAUUAAAUAGUCUAUGCCGUCAAUUUUGUUAUAUAUUUUACGAGGAGAAAAUCCAGGAUUAUUGAAUUAUCAGGGAGAUUUACAAUCUCUCAUUGUUUCAACCUAAGUACAUUAUCACGUGUCUCUCUGGUAAUUGAAUUAUCCAUCUAUUUGACGUCCGAGAUUGGAUUUUAUUUCUUGAGUUUCUGUGCUCAAUGCACCAGCAAAAUGAAUUUAAAGUGAUUUAACAAUGAAGAUAAUAGGCUCUGAACGAGCCAAUAAUAAUUUUGCAUUACUAUCAUAAGAUAGAAAAUGAGAAGAGGAGAAUUUUUUUAGACUUAAAUCCUAAAUCGAAAAUUCGUCAAUCAAAUAAUUUAGAUUGAUUAUACUGUGAUUUUAAAUUCAACUGUGAAAUUUUAUCAAAUGUCAUUGGCGAGUUUUCUAUAGGAGAUUAAGGCACAUUUUUCAAUGGUACAAUUGACCAAUUUUCUUUUUCAAUAGAAGUUAGGCAGGCGAUGUCAAGACGUGGGCUAGAAGACUGAUUAAAGUUAUGAUAAACAAAUAUCGAAUGAAUUAAUUACAAAUAGGUUAACUAGGCCACGUCAACGAGUAAGAGUUCUCUGAUACUCCACUUGCAUAAUUAUUUUUUUUUUUAAUGAAAGUUUUGAAAAAUGAGGGGAAAGGGUAGUGUGUAAGGUGACCAAUCGAAAAACGAACAUUUGUGAGAUUAAUACGAACACUUGGUCGAUAUAUAAGAGAAGUUACAUUUUAUGUGCGGGAAGACGAAGUGUCUCAUCGAAAUAUGAAGAGGACAGGAGAGAGGAAUAUCAAAGGCCGAAUGCUACAACGUCAGAUCGUGAUCUGCACGCAAUUAAGUACCAAAAACGACCGGUGAUCCCAUGUAGAUUCGAUUUUAAACGAAUUGGUUGAGAGAUCGAGCCAUUCGAGAUGAUUUCGUGUGGAUUUAAUGCGGGUAAAUCGCAGAAAGGCUGACAUAUACGAAAUGCCUUUCACGACACCCAAGGAAAGACACCCGAAGCUGCAAAUUGAAGAAAAAAAAAAUGCAAUAUCUUUUGCAGAAAAAAAAAAUAAAUAAAAACAUUGAUGCGCAGCUGAUCAUGGAGAAAUGAAGGAUCUGCGAGGUGAAGCUGAUGUCGAUGAUGUGGAGGCAUUUUUUAAAGCUUUGUUAUCGAUUUACGGAGGGGGCUGGGACGUGCCCGGCUUCGUGAUUGAAAGUGAAGUCAACCAUAACGUGGGAAAUUGAAUUUUUCAUCAACCGUCCUUUAUCAUCUUAAGCAAUUUUAAUUCAAGUUUCAAUGCAAUUCGAGCCAAAGUGAAGUUAUCAUUUCAUAUGUUCAUCAGAUGCAAUAGCAGAGGAGAGUGUCAACAUGUCACAACAGGCGUUCAAUUGACUGCAGUAAUGAUUAUUAUUGUCUGACUGCAAUAUUCAGAGGCUCGAAUUUUUUAUGGAAAUUUCUUUUUUUUUUUUCAAAAUUAUUACACUCUCGUCUUAAGACAAUUGGCAAAUGAUUUUAGGGCCCUUUUCAGGGCCCACAAA